GUUAUUUCCUUCGAAAUGGAAUUUUCUGAUUAUCUCAUUUAAUCAGCAGCUCUGACCUUGAUGAGACAUAAAAGAUUCAGCAAUCUGGCUUUAAAUUAAUUCUGUAAAUGAGAGACUCAUUUUACAAAUCUCUCCUCAAAAAAUGUACUUGCUGUACACUGCCCUUGCAUUACUCCUCAUCUUAAUCCUAUGGAAAUUCAUCAAACUCAACAUUUGGAGGAACAAAUGCAGUCAGCUAAUGCCCGGAACUCGCCCGGGAUUCUUGAACCCACUGGGGGAUGUGUCUACAUUAUUAAUGAAAUACAUGAUGCGUCCUAACAGAGAAACUCUUCAUAUUAAUUUUUUCAAGUUAUUAACAUAUCACUACGAACGUUUCAAAAAUGAGCAAAUGUUUUGCAUGUGGAUUGCUUACGUGCCGUUCGUGAUGAUUAUCAAAGCGGAUGCUGCGAAAGAAUUGCUUAAAGGACUAAAACACAAUGAAAAAAGCUGGGUUUACGACUUUUUGGAACCUUUCUUCGGAGAAGGACUUUUGACUAGCGGUGGUGAAAAAUGGAAAGCGAGACGGAAAUUACUAACUCCUUGUUUCCAUAGUGAUAUCAUGAAAGAUUUUCAGUCUGUUUUUAAUGAAAAUUGCCAGAAGCUAGCGGACGCUUUUCAAGCCGAAACGAAGAAAGAUUUCACUAUUAUCGACAAUUUCAUAAAACUUUCAUCUCUAGAUAUGAUGUGUGAAACCAUUUUUGGCGUAAAAGUAAACGCACUGGAGAAUGAAAACUCUCAGUACGCCAAAGCAGGAAUAAAGCUUGGAGAAAUAUUCAUGGGCAGAAUUUACAAUUUCUGGAUGUGGCCUCAGUUCAUUUAUGAAGCAACGAAAUACUACAAAGAUCAGGAGUAUCAUCUAAAAAUAAUGCAAGACUUCACAACAUCAGUAAUUAAAGAGAAGAAAGCUCGUUAUAUAAACGAAGGAGGCGAGGGUGAACAAAAAAGGCGCAAGACACUGAUGGACAUGAUGCUGGAGCGCCACUUCAAAUUUCAAGACAUGAAUGAGGACGACAUUAGAGAAGAAGUUAAUACAUUCAUCAUGGAGGGACACGACACCAUCGCCAUCUCUAUCAUCUGGACCCUAUUCCUUAUCGGGCUUCAUCCAGAAAUCCAAGCCAAGCUCCACGAGGAACUGGACAGGACAUUCGGAAGUGACAGGGAAGGAGCUGUAACAAUAGACGAUCUCAACAAAUUGAAUGAAUCCAACAGGAUCUACACUGUUGUCCCAGUUUUCGGAAGAAAGAUCUAUGAAGACACUGAAAUUUGUGGUCACACUGUUCCAAACGGUGCUUCGUGCAUGAUUUUAAAUUAUUACCUGCACAGAGAUGAAUCGGUGUAUCCCGAUCCGGAAAGAUUUGAUCCGGACCGAUUUUUACCGGAAAAUGCAGCUAAAAUUCCUGAAUACGCACACUUGCCUUUCUCAGCUGGACCAAGAAAUUGCAUAGGUAAAGUGUUUGCUAUGCUAGAAAUGAAGACUAUCCUCAGCUAUAUAUUAAGGAGAUUCGUUUUGAAAUCAUUAGAUGGAAGAGAUAAGGUGAAGACUGUGAUUCAUGUAGUUCUGAAUAACUCAAUACCAAUCCGCAUUCGAUUCAGGAACAGACCAAUGGAUUGAAAACUGACACUGACUUUUAGCUUUUCUACAUCUGUUUUAUUAGUUUUGUAUUGAAUCGCUAUUAUAUCACUUUCGAAUUUAUUCCCAAUGCGUUUCUUUACCGUAAUAAAUAGUGCUUGUAUUUUAGAAAUAAAAUAAAACGUUUCA